GAUUUAGAGGUUUUUGGUGAAUUUCUUGUGGUGGUAGUGAUUGGAAGGAAUAGGAAAAAUGGUGGGUCGAUCACCAAAUUUGCUGUCCCGGAGUGGAAGUUUCAGGCCGGAAAAUCUUGGGCAAAAUGCAUUGGCGAUGAUAGGGAAUCUCUGUUUCACUAUAUUUGUAGUUGGAGUUUUGAUUUUCACUAUAAUUGCUGCAACUUACGAGCCUGAAGACCCUUUAUUCCAUCCUUCGACGAAAAUCACUAGUUUCCUUACAUCUAAAUCCAAUGCCACGUUCAAAGCCGAUGAUACUGUUAUGAAGACUGGUGAGGAUUUUAUUGGUGCAAAUCAGACAGCAUUUUCUACCUUUAUAAACCUAACAGAUGUCGAUGUUUCGCUACCGGCCACUGAAUUUGGCACUGAGAAUAAUCCUGAUUGUCAGGGGAAAACUGAUGAACCCAUUGAUUGCACUGACCCGGAUGUGUUUCAUUUGUUGAUGAGGGCAGCCAUUGAGAAGUUUAAGGAUAUACAUUUUUACAAAUUCGGGAAGUCGGUCCGUGGAUCGAACGAUAGUUCGUGCCACAUGGCUUGGCGGUUUAGGCCUACGGAAGGGAAGACUGCUGCAUUUUACAAGGAUUACCGCGAGUUUGUGGUUUCUAGAUCAGAGAACUGUACGCUUCGUGUGGUUAGUAUUGGUGAUUAUCAUUCUGGUCCCAAUGCUCGUAAAAGGAAGAGAAAGAACAAGGACAAAACUUCAGGUAAGUCCGAUGAGGGGUUUGAGAAAGCACAAGCGAAGAUGGGUGGACAAAAUAUCAUUCUUCCCGAGGUUGGUGAAGCUGUGAACGACUCGCUCCCUGUGGUGGAAUCGGAGAGUUCUUUUAGUCACGGGAAGUAUUUGGUAUAUCACGGUGGCGGGGAUCGGUGCAAGAGCAUGAACCAUUAUCUCUGGAGCUUUAUGUGUGCGUUAGGCGAGGCACAGUAUUUGAACAGGACCUUGAUAAUGGACUUGAGUAUCUGUUUAUCCAAGAUAUACACUUCAUCUGGUGUAGAUGAGGAAGGGAAGGAUUUCAGGUUUUACUUUGACUUUGAGCAUUUAAAGGAUUCGGCAUCGGUUCUUGAUCAGGAACAGUUUUGGUCCGAUUGGGAAAAAUGGCACCAAAAAGACGGUUUAUCUCUCCAUCUUGUCGAAGAUUUUAGAGUUACACCUAUGAAAUUAUCCGGACUAAAGGAUACUUUAAUCAUGCGGAAGUUCGGAAGUGUGGAGCCGGAUAAUUACUGGUACAGGGUAUGUGAGGGCGAGACGGAAUCCGUUGUUCAACGGCCAUGGCAUUUGGUGUGGAAAUCGAGACGAUUGAUGGAUAUUGUUUCGGCUAUUGCUUCGAGGUUAAAUUGGGAUUAUGACUCGGUUCAUGUUGUGAGAGGGGAGAAGGCAAGGAACCGGGAAUUAUGGCCACAUCUUGCUGAAGAUACUUCUCCCGAGGCUCUUCUUUCUAGCUUGCAAGACAAGAUUGAUGACGGAAGGCACCUGUAUAUCGCGACGAAUGAGCCAGAGACGUCUUUUUUUAAUCCUUUAAAGGAUAAGUAUUCGACACAUUUCCUUCACGACUAUAAGGAUCUGUGGGACGAAAACAGUGAAUGGUACUCAGAGACAGCAAAGCUUCAUAAUGGAAGUCCGGUCGAAUUCGAUGGUUACAUGAGGGUUUCAGUUGAUACCGAAGUUUUCUUGAGGGGUAAAAAACAGAUCGAGACAUUUAAUGAUCUCACUAAAGACUGCAAGGAUGGGAUCAAUACAUGCAGUACUUCCAGCUAAUCUAUGCACUGUCACAUUGGGGUAAAUCUUGUACCAUUCCGUUAUUUUAGGAAACUUUUUAUCUUAAUUUGUGGAAUGAAAAUCAAGAUUUCUGUUAGUUCUUUUUCGCAAUAGUAAAAUUUUGUUUCAUUAGUUACUACUUUCUCAGUUUUGUUAUAGGUAUUUGAUUGACGCUUGUACCCCGUCAUUUGGUAACUUAUAUCAAAUUUUUAUGUUUGUUA